CCUUUUUUUAUGAGGCACAGUUUGUCACACCUCACACUGACGGUUUGUUCGUCGACUGUUCGACACUUUUGGGGGAAAGAGGAAGAGAGUUAGCCGGCUCGACAUCGCGGCGGUGAGGAUGUUGCAGUGACACGGGGAGCAUCCCUCCUACCUUUCCAGCAUCCAGCCGGCACCGUCAGCUGUUGCUCAUGCACAAAUGUCGGCUAAGGCCAACAACUAUGCUGCGGAUCUUUAGCCGGUAACCGGGAGCAGUGCGUGCCGACGAGCCUCUCGAGUAUUUUCCGCCCUUUUUUUUUGGUGCCAAUGGAGAAAGCCACUCCGCCUCCGUCCCAGCCGCAGGUGCAGCUGUCCAUUGCCAAAACCGACAGUCCGGCGGAUGACGUCACCGGCUUGUCCGACGAGGACCUGCUGAAGUGGACCAAGGAGGACCUGGUGCGGCGGCUGCGGCGCUCCGAGGCGGACAAGAUGAGCGUCAUCCUGGACCACGGGAAUCUCAUCCGCGAGGUCAACCGCAGCCUGCAGUUGCACUUGAACGAGAUCCGGGGCUUGAAGGACAUCAAUCAGAAGCUGCAGGAAGACAACCGUGAGCUGCGGGACUUAUGCUGCUUCCUCGAUGACGACCGCCAGAAAGGAAAGCGUGUGUCCAGGGAGUGGCAGCGUCUAGGUCGUUACAGCUCGAGCAUUAUGCGCAAAGAGGUGACCCUUUAUCUCCAAAAACUCAAAGAACUAGAGCUGCGGCAGGAAGAGGUUAUGCGUGAGAACCUGGAGCUGAAGGAACUCUGUCUCCUCCUGGAUGAGGAAAAGGGAAUAGUAAGUGGAAGUGGAGGAAGUGGCGGAAACGCCGGGAUAGGCGUGGGGUCGCGAAACUCCAUUGACAGCCAAAAUAGUUUACUGCUGGUGCCUGGGCAAGGCCUCCUUAUGAGGGAUGUUGGCGAUGGCAGCAGUACCUCAAGUGCAGGGAGUGCCGACAGCUCAGAUCACCAUCAGCAUAAGCAUCUGGCUGUUGGAGGGAGCAGUCUUGGCAGUGCAGGGGAAAAAGGGAGUCCCGAGCUGGUGCAUAAACCGAGGUGUAGCAGCAUUAGUGCCAUAGGAGGAAUGGUGGACAGGGAGGCGUCCAGCCCUGAGCACCCUGCUGGGCGCCACCGGAGUACAAGCCUGGAGUACCCAUACACUUUACCCCAACUCUGUCGACCCCGCUGUGGCUCCAUAUCAGUGCCUGAUCACAGUCGAGUCAUGCGGGGUCUGAGCCCGGAGAAAUACGGGAGGAACGUGGUACGAAGCAGUCCGGACCAGCACCCUAAACACUAUAGCUCUGACCUUCACUUAGGCCAGAGGCAGCACUACCUGGGUCAGGGGGGCAGUGGGGACAUCUACCAGAGGCACCGCAGGGGCAGUAUAAGCAGCACCGGAUGUGAGAGCCCCGAACCACGCCAUGCACAUUUAGGGAACAGUGAACACACUGAAAAGAGCUGCAAGGCCCAAGGGGGAAGUCCUGAAACUCAUAGGCACCAAUACAGUAUGAGCCCCGACCACGUGAAGUAUGGCAGCCCAGUGAGAGACGCACAGAGGAGGUCAGCUGGGGACGAGCUGUCACCACAUCAUCGGAGCAUCUAUAACGGCAUGAAUGCUUUGAUAUCAGCCGGCUGCUGCACCAACAACUGUAGAAAUGUCAAGCUAUGGGACAGCUUCGACGCCUCCUCUUGACCUCACUGUGGUCAUCUCCUCAGAGGAAUAAGCAUCACAACGGAAGAGCCUUUUUGCAGCCCGCGGUACCACGUUCCAAGACACCAGAGGGUCUGCUGUCCAUCCCUGGCCUCCUUCAUGUGUGCAGACCCUGAAAACAACCUGCCUUCACGUUUUCAUCCCUACAUAUUGAACGCUUUGCAGAAGGAGGAUGUGGGAGAAUAUGAUUAGUUGCGUUGUGUGCAAGAACUGUGCUGCAGAAAUAUCGAUCAGAGUGGAUGUCUCUCCCUGCCAAAAGUGACACGGCUACCUCUCGGAGAGAACCCAGAGGAGAGGGUUGCGUGCUGGAAGAUUGUUUUUGUGCACUGAGAAUAAAAAAAAAAAAAAAGGAAAUUGUGCACGAAGUUCAGCACUAUAUGGAUUCUUUUUUCUGACACGAUAACAGUGCCUGCACAAGCUCCAUAUGGUUGUCCACAAAAUCCACAGCGCACUCUUGGAACAUAGUGGACAUGCUGUAUUGAACUGCUUUAUUUUGCGUUUAAGGAUAGUUACUUUAAAACAGUAAUCGGCAUACUUGCCAACCCUCCCGAAUUUUCCGGGAGACUCCCGAAUUUCAGUGCCUCUCCCAAAAAUCUCCCGGGACAACCAUUCCCCCGAAUUUCUCCCGAUUUCCAGCCGGACUUAAGGCACGCCCCCUCCAGGUCCAUGCGGACCUGAGUGAGGAAAGCCUGUCGUCACGUCCGCUUGGCCAACCAAAAAGUAACCACAGAACACUAUGGUGUUCUGUGGUUACUUUGUGGUUGGCCAACGGUUUACAUUGUAAUGCGCACCCUGACGGCAAGUGUGGGAGUCGGUUCUGAAGUAUGAAGUAAAGAGACGUAACUUCGUCACCUCGCCUGGUUAUUGACUCCAACCCAGAAUAUUACACUGCCCAUACCUAUGCUCCUUCAAAGGCUGUGCUACUGGCUGCAAAGCAUUGCACUUUCAAAUACAACAAUGAGUAGGGAGGAGUGUUAUGUGUGUGUAUAUGUGUAAAUAAAUGAAC